AGCACUGGCCGUAGGGGGCUCCGCCGCCUGCUUUGCCGCUGUUCCGGCAUGCGCACCACAGGCAGGGGCUUGUCGGCACCGCGGACCGCGAGGUCUCGUCGAGGCGCGAGAAGCAACCAAGCGAGCGACAGCAACCGCAAUGGCCGUCCUCAAGCCAUAAUCCCUUUGGUGCAGGAGAGGCGCACGGCAGUGACGUCACGGGCGCGCCAAGGCCUCGCGGACGGUGGCUGGCGGGGUUCAGUAAGGCUUACGGAAUUGGCGAACCAUGAGGAAGGAGGGAGAAUCUGUAGAGGUCAACAGCGGCGAGGCUAUAGCAGAGGAGGAAUGAUGGUGAACAGCCUCUCACUGUGCUACCACAACAAACUCAUCUUAGCCCCUAUGGUUCGGGUAGGGACUCUCCCAAUGCGGCUGCUGGCCCUGGACUAUGGAGCGGACAUUGUGUACUGUGAGGAGCUGAUCGACCUCAAGAUGCUUCAGUGUAAGAGAGUUGUCAAUGACGUGCUCAGCACAGUGGACUUUGUCGCCCCUGAUGACCGAGUAGUCUUCCGCACCUGCGAAAGAGAACAGAGCAGGGUUAUCUUCCAGAUGGGGACUUCAGACGCAGAGCGAGCCCUUGCUGUGGCCAGGCUUGUAGAAAAUGAUGUGGCUGGUAUUGACGUCAACAUGGGCUGUCCAAAAGAGUAUUCCACCAAGGGAGGAAUGGGAGCUGCUCUGCUAUCAGACCCUGACAAGAUUGAGAAGAUCCUCAGCACUCUUGUUAAAGGGACACGCAGACCUGUGACCUGCAAGAUUCGCAUCCUACCAUCGCUAGAAGAUACCUUGAGCCUCGUGAAGCGGAUAGAGAGGACUGGCAUUGCCGCCAUCGCAGUCCAUGGGAGGACGCGAGAGGAGCGACCUCAGCACCCUGUCAGCUGUGAAGCCAUCAAAGCCAUUGCCGAAAUCCUCUCUGUUCCUGUGAUAGCCAAUGGAGGAUCUCACGACCACAUCCAAGAGUACUUGGACAUACAGGACUUUCGACAAGCCACGGCAGCGUCUUCAGUGAUGGUGGCCCGAGCAGCCAUGUGGAACCCGUCCAUCUUCCUCAAGGAGGGUCUGCGGCCCCUGCAGGAGGUCAUGCAGAAGUACAUCCGAUACGCUGUGCAGUAUGACAACCACUACACCAACACCAAGUACUGCUUGUGCCAGAUGCUACGAGAACAGCUGGAGUCGCCCCAGGGAAAAUUGCUGCAUGCCGCCCAGUCUUCCCGGGAAAUUUGUGAGGCCUUUGGUCUUGGUGCCUUCUACGAGGAGACCACACGAGAGCUGGAUGCCCGGCGGGCCGAGCUCUUGGCCAAGACCCCAGAGGAGGUGGAGGAGCCAGCUGAAGACACCUCUGGUGUCAUUAAAAUGGCUGUCAAGUUUGACCGGAGAGCAUACUCACCCCAAAUCACUCCCAAGAUGUGCCUGCUGGAGUGGUGCCGGAGGGAGAAGUUGGCACAGCCCGUGUAUGAAACGGUUCAACGCCCCCUGGAUCGCCUUUUCUGUUCUGUUGUCACUGUUGCUGAGCAAAAGUACCAGUCCACUUUGUGGGACAAGUCCAAGAAACUGGCGGAGCAGGCUGCGGCCAUCGUCUGUCUGCGGAGCCAGGGCCUUCCUGAGGGUCGACUGGGUGAGGAGAGCCCCUCGUUGAACAAGCGCAAGCGGGAGGCCCCUGACCAAGACCCUGGGGCCCCCAGUGUUCAGGAGCCAGCAGUGCCUGGGGAGCUAUGCAAGAAGCCCUUUGUGGCCUUGGGAAGUGGUAAAGAGAACCCCCUGGAAGGCCUGUGAUCACUGUCCCUACCCUGGUCACCUCCUUCAUGGGCCUGGCCCUAAGAUGGCUGUGGGUACAGAGCAUGAACCAGAUGCCCUUGGACAAUUUGCUGCCCCUGCCUGGCAAUAGUUAAGAGGUCUUGGCCUUGGGCUAUCAGCCUGGAGCCUGGGCUGAGGGAUGCCCAGAGUGCCCAUCUUCCUUGGUGUCUCAGUAGCAAAGUCAAGUUCCCAGCGACCUCAGUAUGUUCUUUGAAAACAGGAGCUUUUCAGCUGGUACCUCCCUAACCUGACAUUGGUGCAGUGCAAUAAAGACACCCUCCACUCUUACCCAUGGCUGGCUGCUUCAGCCUUGGGCAUCUUCACACAUGGACUGAUGUCCUGACAUAAUUAUUCUACUCCCACCCUCUGUGUAGAGCUGGAGCUUCCUAAAGCAUAUCUCCUACCCAUUGUUAUGGAUCUGGGUGGAAGUGGGGGACAAGGUAUCACCUUUAAUGCUCACUGGACUUGGGCUCAGCCAGGAAGGCCCAAGAAGCCCAUUCUACCAACUCAGGUAAACCUGAGGCACUGGCCUCAUUUGGCUUUCCUGAUGAGAAGUGAUAUGGAAUCUGGGGAAAUGAUUAGGGUAUCUGGUGUCCCAGUAAGGGACCAGCUCAGGUGAAUAGGGGGUGCUGGGUCUGACCCCCACUUGGCUGGAACUCAGAUCUAUGAUGUGCCUGCUCUGGGCAGAGGACAUUGGAGACUGCUGAUGACAGCAAUUUGGGGAACUUGCGAUUGCCUGCCCACGCCACUGCCCCCGCCCUCUGUCCUCCGCCCCCUCCAUCCCUUUUGAGCCGGAAGGAAGUGGCAGAUUCUCUUUAAUUUCCUCCUGGCAGUGAGAAGCAAACAAACAGCUACCACAUCUCCCACAUCUCAUGGGGGCCUCCCCCACUUAGUGGGAGGAGCCUUUUGACCAAAGGUCUCUGCCCAGCGCCGCCUGUGCUUCCUCGGCUGUAAACACGCUGCUUCUCCCCCCUUUUCCAAGCUCUGUGAGGAGGGAGAAUUCCCCUCUGGGCCAAGGCCAUGUUCCUCCCAUCUUCCCAGGGUCAGGCCCCUGGGCCAGCCAGCAGCCCUGGCCCUGCCAGCCUAAGUCGAGGGUUGGGCAGGUGAGGCCUGUCUUAG